UGUGGAGGUGUAACUAGCAGUUUCCAAACCCUAACUUCGUCCCUGUGAGCGUUAUUGCCGAAAAUUACAGUGGUUUGUUUUUCUCUCCUCUUCUCCGGAACCCUAAAAUCCCAAUUCUGAUCCUCGCCUGAUUGAAAUGGAAAUGUCAUGGUUGAGUGCAAUUUUGGUUGGCGCUGGUUAUCUUGCUUUGGGUUACUUCAUUGGUUCUCACAAAAAUUUCAUCUUCUCACAGAAAUUUUUAUUCUCUAAAGACAAAGAUGCUUCACUUCUCAAUGAUGACAAGAAAAGUAAGCAGAAGAAGAAUAGUAAGCCCAAAAUCAAAGACUCACUUGAGGUUGAACAGCUUGCUGAUAUUCUCGAAGAUUUUAAGAUGAUACUUGUUGUUAGAAAUGAUCUUAAAAUGGGUAAAGGAAAGAUUGCAGCUCAAUGCAGUCAUGCAACAUUGGGUCUCUACAAAAAGGUUCUUUACCGAGCUCCAAAGGCAUUAAACAGGUGGGAGAUGUCUGCACAACCUAAGGUUGUUGUCAAAAUUGAAAGUGAAGAAGAUAUGCUGGCUUUGCAAGAAAGGGCUAAAUCUCUGAAGUUGCCUACUCAUAUCACAAUUGAUGCUGGUAGAACACAGAUUGCACCAAAUUCAAGAACGGUGAUGGCAAUUCUCGGACCUGUUGAAGUGGUAGAUGAGGUAACAGGUGGACUGAAACUUCUAUAAUCAUGUCCAGUGAAAGAGGUUCAUUAUUUACCAUGAGGUUGGGUUGCGUGUUCAUGAAGGACAACACAUCGAACGUUAUGCAGAACAUUACUUCAUUGGAAUCCCGGGAAGAUUUUGCAUGUUUUUCGCCCACACAAGAAUUUGUAGUUAGUCUUUAGUUGACAGUAAUGAUGAUGAUGAAAACUUCUUGUUGGGGAGGAUCCCCCACAAUAACUGGAAUCAUGAGACUAAGAAAAUACAGUAGGUCGAAUUCAUUGUUUUAAAUGUUUUGUUUGUCCAAAACUUAUGUUCCUAGAAGUACCAUGAUUGGUUUUGGAAGGUAUGUGACUAUUUUCAGGCCAUGUAACAAAAUUAAUGUCAUUUUGGCAUGAAAAAAAUACCAGUGCUAGGAAAAUAAUCAAAACACUAGACAUGGAUUUAAUCUCAUGACGAAAAAACACCAUUGCUGGUUAACAAUAUGGAUAGUGGAUAGCAUUGCUAGUUCACUUGUUUUCAAAA